AUGGUAACUGAUUUUGACUCAGAGUGGCCUAAAGGCCAUGGGAAAUCUGUGCUCGAUAGAGAUGCUUGCCGUGUGCAGAAAGCAACUUUCCAAAUGUGUGGGCCUUCAGGGAUGAUUGGUUUUCAUAUGGUGGGGAUGGACUCCAGUGAUCCUUCUCUGCUCUUCUCCUGGCUCCCCUGGGCAUUUGGCUGCAGAUCUCAUCUCACAGUGUUGGAGUCUCAUCUCUGGUUUCAGUGCUGUGGUCCAAGCCCAUGCAGCUCACAGGGUGGUCCAUGUGCCAGCAGCACCUCCAUCACCUGGGUGCUUGUUAGAAAUACAGAAUCUUGCCCCUGCUCCCCUUCUACUACUGAUUCAGAAUCUUCACUUUUAAUAAGAUCCCCAGUCUAUUCAUAUGCACACAAAGGUUUGCGAAACACUGCUGUAAUCCAGAGAAGUCCCCAGGACCUCUGUGUGUGUGUGUGUGUGUGUGUGUGUGUGUGUGUGUGUGUGCGCGCACACACAGCGAAUGAAUUACAGGGGUGCAGUGAAGAACUGAUUCUUACAGUCUUCAGGUGGCCAUGUAGGAUGACCAGCUAA